UCGCACACAGAGAAUCUUUGUGCCUCUCCCCUUUGUACCUGAGGAAAGAUUGUUCGUAGUUUGCCAAGUGUCACCAGGCAAUGGGCACCUUCCCUCUUCCUCUUGGUUUGCUACAGCACUAGACUUCCUCUUCGUGUUCCAUGACAUCUUUCUCUGUUCAACUCCUGAAGAGAUUUCCCUCUCAUUUCUCUGGCAGGUAACUUCGGAACAAGUUCUGCGAAGAACGCCUUGUGAGAGCUUUGCCUGAGGAGUGCUGUAAGUUCAAAGUGACUUCAAGAUACACAGCAAUGACAACAAGAAAAAUAAGUACUAGAAAAAUAUUUUUGAGGCUGCAUACCUGUGCUGUUAAGGGGGGAAAUAAGAUUUUGCUGUAAAAAGAGAGGCUUGGGAAACCAAGCAGAAGGCUACAGCAAUACAAAAACCGCUGUUCAGGAGGUUAUAUGUGUGAACCCCUGGCAUCAUAUUUGAAUUCUAAAUGUAAAAGAAUGGCAAGCACUCUACCUUCCUAUCCUAGAUCAGACACAUGGGAGAAGUUACAUCAGUGUAUGGAGUGUGGAAAACAAUUUGAUUGCGAACGUAAUCUUACUGUACAUGAACGGACCCACACAGGGGAGAAGCCAUAUCAAUGCAUGGAAUGUGGAAAAUGCUUCAGUCAGAGUGGCCAUCUACGGUCCCAUCAAAGGAAGCACACAGGGGAGAAGCCAUAUAAAUGCAUGGAAUGUGGAGAAAGCUUCAGUCGUGGAGAUGGUCUGCAUUCCCAUCAAAGAAAGCACACAGGGGAGAAGCCAUAUAAAUGUAUGGAAUGUGGAAAGAGCUUCAGUCAUGGAGAUAGUCUGCGUUCCCAUCAAAGGAAGCACACAGGGGAGAAGCCAUAUGAAUGUAUGGAAUGUGGAGAAAGCUUCAGUGAGAGUGGCACUCUACGUUCCCAUCAAAGGAUCCACACAAGGGAGAAGCCAUAUGAAUGUAUGGAAUGUGGAAAAUGCUUCAGUCAGAGUGGCCAUCUACGUUCCCAUCAAAGGAUCCACACAAGGGAGAAGCCAUAUAAAUGCAUGGAAUGUGGAAAGAGCUUCAGUCGGAGUGACACUCUAUGUUCCCAUCAAAGGACGCACACAGGGGAGAAGCCAUAUCAAUGCAUGGAAUGUGGAAAAUGCUUCAGUCAGAGUAGCCACCUACGUUCCCAUCAAAGGAGCCACACAGGGGAAAAGGCACAUAUAUGCAUGGAAUGUGGAAAGAGAUUCAGUGAGAGUGGCCAUCUACGUUCCCAUCAAAGAACGCACACAGGGGAAAAGCCAUAUAAAUGUAUGGAAUGUGGAGAAAGCUUCAGUAAGAGCGGCAAUCUACGUUCCCAUCAAAGGACGCACACAGGGGUGAAGCCACAUAAAUGCAUGGAAUGUGGAGAAAGCUUCAGUCUGAGUGGCAAUCUACGGUCCCAUCAAAGGAUCCACACAGGGGAGAAGCCGCAUCAAUGUAUGGAAUGUGGAAAGAGCUUCAGUCAGAGUGGCAAUCUACGUUCCCACCAAAUGACUCACAUACUACAGAAGCCAUAGAAGUGCAUAGAAUGUGGAGAAAGUUUCAGUCAGAGUAACUAUCUAGAUUCCUUCCAAAUCUCUCUACAUUGCUUUCAAAGGAGCCACAUCGUAGAGAAGCCACAUAAAUGCACGGAAUGUGGGAAUAGCUUUAGAGGAUGUUCAGCAUACAAUAAACAUCACGGAACUCAUGCGCCGCUAGAGGAAACCUGCCUUUCAGUUUCUGAGCUCUCUUUCAAAAAAUAUUGGAAUGAAAGGGGAAGGCCGGCACCUGGCUCUCUCUCUCUCUCUCUCUCUCUACCAUGGACUAGUUUGUGUGGCCUUGGUCGACGGCUACUGGGAGCAGGUCUCACUCAGAAGGGGAUUUUUCUCCGUAUUGCAGCAAGCUCCGAAGGGGUUCCCCUAGCCUCCUCCAUAAGAAACCCGUCACAGGCUUCUAGGGUGAUCUGUGGAGGUUUGCUGAAAGGAGCAGCAGCUGAGGUCUCUGGAGAAAAGGGUUCUGAGAAAGAAGAGCUCUUUGGUAGCAGUCAAUGUCGUCUCUUCAUACCCUGGUCUCACGUCUUGGCUCUGUUGCCCCUCGGUUAGAAUUUUGGCCUCUAGCCAUGUACCUGUCACCCUUUUCUGGACUUUGUUGUAUCCUGAAUAGUUGAUUAUACAUUCUGGACUGACUUCUGGUUGAGAAUUCACAACAUGUUGUGAAUGAGAACUUAUUGCUUAAUGUUUAUUAUAGAUGUUUUUCUUGAUUGAAUCAUUGAUGUUUAUAUAGAU